CAUUCGCUUAAGAAGGCAGAAAACCCAUCGGGGAUUAAGUGCACCCGCAGUUGCAGCACCCGCAGUUGCAGCACCAGGACGGGAGUCAGCGAAUAGUGCGGCAGGUUCCGAACGUUUUGUGAGGAGCAGCGUAAGUAUGUGGUCGAGACUAUUGCUGUGCUUAUUUCUACACGCAAUGUACCAAGGAAUCUGUGCGAAACCGAAUCACGAUAAUGGUCAUCACAAAGGUCAUCACAAGACUGAACAUCAUCAUGGGCACAGCGGCAAGACUACGUUAACCAAUGUGGUCACCGACGAUCUAUGGUCCGCAACAUGGACCACAGAAGUGCACGCCGAGACUACUACGCAUGAACCCCAGGAAACAACCACUGGAGUCGAAACCACCACUGGUGAGCAUGCCCCAGAAACCGAAACCGAAACCACGAUAGCUGCAAGUAGUGGAUCACAAGCCGAAACUACAGAGCCCAAUGGGUCGGAAACAACCACAGGUGCAAUCAACGUUGCGGAAAGUACAACUCAAGUGACAGGGGAAGUUACAGCUGGUGGGUCCAGUGACUCGGUGACUACGACGAUAGCGUCUGGUGGAUCCCAAACAGCAACAGGUACGCCUACUGGGACAGGAGAGACAAGUGAGGUGCACGAAGGACGAGAAACCACAACGGGAGGGUCCAGCGAAUCAACAACCACAACGCUAGCGUCUGUUGGAUCGGACGCAACAACAUCCACAUCAAAUGGCUCGGAAGGUGUAACUACAACGAGUGUGCCGGAAACAACAACAGGAGCAUCAGGGACAGUAACUGAUCUCUCCGGAGGUCCAGAGACUACACUGUUAGAUUCCAAUACAACAGCAACCACAACAAUAGCGUCCGAUGCAUCGGAACCGGCAACGGGUGAGACCAGUGGGUCAGGUUAUACAACUGAAGCGUCUGGAAGCUCAGUGUCCACAACGGGUGGGUCAGAAACAACGACUGGAACGGAAGAGGCCACCACGGGACUCGAAACGUCCACUGGUGUAUCGACAGCGGAAACCACGACUGCGGUGCCAGGACCUGCGCAAGCUACACCGGCAACGCCUCCACCGAUGCCUACGGACACAGAAUAUCCAUUUCUGCCCAGAAUUCUUCGACCUUUACGACCAGUGCCGAUGGAUGUUCGCUAAGUUUGAUGCACUGUAAUCAGACACACGUAUCACAGUGAACUGUGCUCACGUGCAAGAGUACUCCUCCUCAGCUUACUUCAUCAUUUCUUAAAUAUAGGUGUUGCACUUCCCAUAGUUUCAACAUUUGUCUUCCAGCAGAAAAAAAAAACGGGGGGGGGGGGGAGUAAUUUUCUUCGACACAAGGCAUGUGCACAGUAUUGUAAACGCUGGAGGAAUGCGCCACUUUCUGCCGUAAUCAUCAUAGUUAUCACCCGUAUCAGAAGCCAUAUAUGCCCGCAUUCCAACCUCAAAUGACAGCCACUAUAGCUGCUUGACACAAAAGUUGCUCCCUUUUCGAAGUGGGAAGUUAUGGGACAUCCGAUACGACUAAGCCUCCCCCUAUCUCGAAGUCCGGUAGACGUCGUGCGAACCACACUCAAAGCAGAUUACCACGAGCGCAGACGACAGUAAAAAAAUUGACGUCAUACAUGUGUCGCGGCCCGCUUUAACUAUUCAAUCCGUUCGAGAGCUAUAUGAGGCCACAGCGCGCUGCACUGUUUGUCGAAGCUGAUCGAGGGGGUAUAAUGUGACGUGUGCCGAGGUCACCCAAUGGGAAGCAUUGCACAAUGCUGUCGGCUUCCUGGAGAGCGAACGUCACGACGUCACUCUCUCCGGUGAAUAGAGAGCACUAUCUCAAUGCCUUACGCAAUGAGUAUGAUUGAUGUCUGCGGACGCAACAAUUUUUGGAGCCAGCUGCAGACCCACAAGUGUGUCGUCUAGUCAACGGAAAUCAGCUUUUGUACCACUGUAAUUGUGCAGGAUGAGUUUUGCAUCUCGUCUGUUAAACAUGAUGAUAUAGGCGAACAAGCACAAGUUACUUUGAAACGUUGGUUGCCAGACAUGUAACUGUUGUCGCACUUUAAGAAAUGUGUUUUGUUUAUAAGCUUUCGGAGUUAUGCACUGAGAGACAAUGCAAAGAACAAAUAAUUGAAAAAAAUUAAAUAUUUCGCGCGUGUGCCCAAUUUUGAAAUAUUUUAGCUGUACGCACUGACAGGGUCAACGUGUUGUCAUGAGGAGUGAAUAUUUUGCUCGUAAGUAUUGUGAAUAAAGGUGUUCCAGG